AUGUCGACGGAGAAAGACAUCAAGGCUGCGGAAGCCACGCAGGCUAGCAAUGUCGAAGAUACAACUUUCAACGAGGGACGCAAACUGUCGGCCGACGAGAUCCGGGCGACUAUUCGGUCUGACAGCAUUCCCAAUGUACACUCAACAAAGGAAGCCAUCGAAGCAGCCCAAGCUGGUGGUUGGGAAGCCGAUGCUUUAAUCGAAGAGUUGGAGAAGGAGCUCCAAGCUAGUGGCAAGAAGAAGGGCCAUUUCGAUCUCGAGUUCGACAACCCCAAGCAUUUCACAUGGCUGCUGGUUGCUUUCGCAUCUAUGGGAGGCCUGCUGUCUGGCCUGGACCAAUCCCUCAUCUCUGGCGCCAACCUCUUCCUCCCAGACGACCUGCAUCUGAGUGCCCAACAAAACUCUCUUGUCAACUCAGGCAUGCCCUUGGGAGCAGUAGCAGGUGCUCUGCUGCUCUCCCCAUGCAACGAAUGGUUCGGCCGGCGAUGGUCUAUCAUCAUCUCAUGUAUUCUCUACACUAUCGGCGGCGCCCUCGAAGCUGGUUCGAUAAACUACGGCAUGAUCAUUGCAGCAAGAGUCAUCCUCGGCAUGGGCGUCGGUCUCGAGGGAGGAACAGUCCCAGUCUAUGUCGCCGAGACAGUCGAACGAAAACUCCGGGGUAACAUGGUCUCCCUCUACCAGUUUAACAUCGCCCUCGGGGAAGUCUUGGGAUACGCAGUGGGCGCAAUGUUCGUCUCCGUUGAAGGCAACUGGCGAUACAUCCUCGGCUCAUCCCUCUUGUUCUCCACUAUCAUGCUCAUCGGCAUGCUCUACAUGCCGGAGUCCCCUCGCUGGUACAUGCACAAAGGCCGGGUGCUCGACGCAUACGGAGUCUGGAAACGCAUCCGUGGAACCCGCACGCUGGAGUCUCGUGAGGAGUUCUUCGUUAUGAAGGUGUCGCAGGAGGAAGAAGAUGCUGAAGUCGCCGCUGGUGCUGGAUCUCGUCGGGCCCCUUGGUUGGACUUCUUCACCAAGCCUCGCGCCCGUCGCGCUCUCAUCUAUGCCAACAUGAUGAUCUUCUUGGGACAAAUGACGGGUAUCAAUGCGAUUAUGUACUACAUGAGCGUCCUCAUGUCCCAACUCGGCUUCGACCAAUACCAGUCCAACUACAUGUCGCUUGUCGGCGGCGGCUCGCUGCUCAUCGGCACCAUCCCCGCCAUCUUCCUCAUGGAGACCUGCGGCCGCAGAUUCUGGGCCAUCGCCAUGCUUCCAGGCUUCUUCAUCGGUCUCGUGCUGGUCGGAGCCAGCUACCACGUUACCGGUCUCCAGGGCAAAGAAGGCGUGUAUCUUACCGGACUGAUCAUCUACGAGGUCUUCUUUGGGUCCUACGCUUGCUUAACCUGGGUCAUUCCUGCAGAGGUCUACCCAACAUACCUUCGUUCCUACGGCAUGACAGUCUCCGAUGCCCUCCUCUUCCUCUUCUCCUUUAUAGUCACGUACAACUUUACCUCGAUGCAAAACGCCAUGACGCCCACAGGCCUCGCCCUAGGCUUCUACGGCGGCAUCGCUGUCCUAGGCUGGUUCUACCAGAUUUUUUUCAUGCCGGAGACAAAGGACAAAACCCUCGAAGAAAUCAACCUGAUCUUCGAAAGACCCACGAUGGACAUCGUCCGUGAGAACGCCGCGAGUGCGUGGCAGAAUACCAAGGACCUUGGAGCUUUCAGGUUUAAGAAGGUGUUUAUUGAUCGUCAUACGCCAAGGAGGGCGAGUGUUGUGGAGCAGGUUGGUGGGAAGGGGGCUGCGUAG